AUGUGGGAGACCGGGGCUAGUACCAGCGCCAGUGUCAGUUCCAGCUCUCUGGCGCCUCAGGCAGCCUCGACGUCCCCUGUUGGGUCCUUCAGGUCCAUCGCGCCGGGCUCCAGUCCAGAGACGAAGCCAACGGGACCUGGCGGGCUUGCUCUGAAGCCUUCAACGCCGGUGUCUGCUUCUGCGGACGGAGGUCAGUUUUCGGAGAUCGCCCUCGCGGCAGAAACGGGGCCGGGGCUGGAACCACUCCGGAUCAGCUACAACUCAUCCCCCGUCCCCGUACCCUCGGACGUGAUGACGGCCACACCCACAGUCGUCACCCCUCCAGCGGAACCACCUACUGCCAAGGCAUCUUCCUUCUUCUCCCUCUCUUUUGGUACACCUUCAGUCACGGCCGCCACGCCCCUCGCGCCCUCUCGGUCCGCAUCAGGCGGUACCCCCGCUGGCGGCUGGAGAUCGACCAUGUCCAACCUCCUCACCCGCUCGACCUCAUCUGCGCCCUCCGAACCCACAUCGGCAGGUCCCGAGUCGGCAGGUCCGUCCCGUAUCCCCUCGCCGUCCUUGUUGCUACACCACAUCAAUGACGAUCUGGCGAUCCGGGAUCGGCGGCAGAGCCGGGAACUGGGCGGCGGCGACAAGAUCCGGGAAGGGUUCGAGCGGGUCCGAGGGGAGAUGGAGGGUGUCGCGAGGGAGAUGAGGCGGGAGAAUGCCGCGGCGGCGACGGCGGAGGAGUCGGAGGAGAGCGCUGAGGGGGGUGCUUCGCCGACUAGGACGGAGGAAGUGGAUUGGGUGUUUUGGGGAGCGGUCGUCCAGGAUUUCGAAGAGGUGGCUAGGGAACGACCGAGAGACCUGUCCAAGGCGAUACAGCAGGGUAUACCAGGCGUCAUCAGAGGAUCAAUAUGGCAGCUCAUGUCGUCCUCGAAAUCCAUCCCGCUCGAAGAGACGUACAAGCAGCUCUUGAAGCACACCUCGCCACACGAAAAGUCAAUACGAAAAGAUCUGUCCAGGACCUUCCCACACCACAAAUUCUUCCAGGACGCAGGAGGCCGGGAGAGCCUGUUCAUGGUUCUGAAAGCGUACAGCUUGUAUGAUCCUGAAGUUGGAUAUACGCAAGGGGUCGCCUUCAUCGUUGCUGCUCUCCUACUGAACAUGCCGGAUGAAGAAGCCUUCUGCGUCCUUGUCCGUCUGAUGGACUCGUACAACCUUCGCUCGCACUAUCAGGCAGAUAUGCCCGGCCUCCAGCUCCGGCUGUUCCAGUACGACCGACUCCUCGAGGAGCACGUUCCGCUCGUCCACACCCACUUGCUCCGGAAAGGGAUCAAGAGCAGCAUGUACGCCAGCCAAUGGUUCAUGACGCUGUUCUCCUACAACAGAUUCCCUCUGUCACUAGUAUACCGAGUCCUCGAUAUCGUCUUUGCCGAAGGCAUAGAGGCCGUCUUCCGGUUCUCCCUCGCACUCCUCCAAGCGGCCGAAACGAAGCUCGUCGAACUAGAUUUCGAGCAGAUACUAGAGUACCUCCAGACGGACCUGUUUGAGCAUUAUCGCGAGAACGCCACCGAAGACGGAGAGGAGUCGUGGCGCGCCAACGACUUUGUAAGGGAUGCCUACGAGAUCCGAAUAACACCGUUCAUGCUGGACUCGUAUACUGCGGAAUUUGAGGAGGAGCGGAGGAAUCAGAAUAAACAUGCGGCAGAGGUGGACCAGUUGCGGAAUGCCAACCGACAUUUGAGCAACCAGGUAAAGCAGUUGGAGUCGACAUUAGCAACGAUCAAUGAGGAGCACGUUGAAUUGGUCCGGCAAUUGGUGAUGACCAAAAUUGAUAAGGAGGAGACGGAGAAUGAGCUUGUGCGGUACAAGAUGAUGUACGCCGAGUUGGCGCAUUCGCAGCAGGACGCCAUGUCGGUGCACAGUCGGCGAUCAGCUGGCUCAUCUCGACACGACUAG